UUGUUGUGUUCAGUGUUUGCAACAUUAGCAAAAGUUAGCUAGGCCCUGUAGCAAAGUUUUAUUGAAUUUUAACAUAGGCUGAAGUGAAUUUCUUUUAUGAAGAAGUGAAUUUAUUUUCUCGAAAUGCCUAUUUGAAUCUUUCUUUCCCUUCCCCCGAGUGCAUUUCCCGAGUUUUAGUUCCCCGACCCCCGAGUUUUAGUGAUACCACUUGGAUCUUGGUCAACUGACACCAUUUUCAAACGUCACCAUGCCAAGAGUGUCUGAAACCAAAAGUCUCGUUAAACUGUGCAUAAAAUGUAUUACAAAUGCCAUUGAAAGUAGUAAAUUUGCAGCUGACCCUUCAUCAGUUAAUGGGUAUGGCGAUGUGACCACUGUCAAUUCUUUAUUUAUCUGCAAUGAUGCAUUUCAUCAAUUACCUGCUGUGCUUGUGGAAGAAAUCAUGCAAUCUUUCAUCAGCUCCCAAAAACUUAAACAUCCAAAUAUUCUAAGUUAUCUCAUCACCCCACAAAUUCAACGUUUAACUUUUCCUGUGUACUUUGAUGGUUACUUGAGUUUUUUCCCCAAGCUUGAAAAUUUGCAUAUAUUACACCUUCAAAAAACGCUAGUGGAUGACAGCGGUUUACAAAAUAUUGGGAUUUAUUGUUCUCAAUUAAGGUCACUCAAUUUAAAUUUUUGCAGUUACGUGACAGACGAUGGAAUUCGAUGGCUUUGUGCUGGUGUUGAUUUUCCGGGAAUGGGGAAAUCAAAACUUUGCAAGACCAUCCAAAAAUUAAGUAUUGUUUUUACUAGUGUUACAAAGCAAGGAAUUCAAGUUGCGCUACAAAAUUUGUUGUCCUUGAAGGUCCUUGAAAAUAUUUAUAUUGUAGAUGCAUUGGUAGAGUUAUCCCAAUCAGCGAUAGAUUCAAAGCAGCCCGGUCGUUAUAAUAAUAUGUUCUCAAUCUCUACCUUGUACACUUCUGAUGCACCCUACAAAGACAACAGUCUUCCACUAGCGCUCUCCUUAUGCCAUUCAAUUAAUAAUGUUUCAAUUUGUGUCACAAAGGACCUCAAAGACAGGGACCUUUUAUGUUUAUUGUCCAUUAAGUCCCUUCAUAAAAUUGACAUUUAUAGGUCUAGAUUGUGGGUAGGCCUACCAAACGAAACUGGAAUCACGUUUGAUGGUUGUGUGGUUCCACUUCUCAAAGUAUUUGGAAGAUCUUUGAAGACUCUCAUGUUGGAAAGUUUACAUUUAGUCUGUAUUUCCAGCAUAAUCGAAUUUUGCCCAAAUUUAACUACUUUGUACAUCGGCGGUGUCUUGGGCUCGUUUAAGAAAGAAAGAGAUCUCUUCAAGAUCGAGAAGAAGCCGCCUAUUUUGAAAGAACUGAAAGUGUUAUAUUGUGUUGCAUAUAUUCCAGUCGAUAUUAUUAUGUUACUAUGGGGCUCUUCGGGAUCUACCGUCAAAUAUCACCAGUUUGAGCACCUUAAAAAGCUUGAACUAGUUUAUUGUAGUUCAGUGACGGGUAGUGGUAUCGAAGCGUUUUUGGUUAAUGGCUGCAAUUCUCUAGAAACCAUGAACCUCAAAGGGUGUACAAAUCUUAGGUUCCAAACCUAUACGGAUUUGUGUUCCCUUAUUGCCAAGAAAAAUUGGGAUUUGAAUAUUUCCAUAGAAUAA